GGCGUUGUUAUUAACGCCAUAUUGAGAGAAGGGUGUUAUAGAAGGAGCAGCAAGUAACGAAAAGGAUUGGUGCGGUUGUUUGGAAGGAUCUUUUACCAUCCUGUUCUGAAAAGUUACCUAGUGCCUUGCCAACCACUAUUAACGGUUAAUCUGACCCUCAGGAACUACACAAUUGGUAUAUCGAGUUCUGGAGCCGGCGUGAAGCCCUUUAAAAAACGGAUUGGUUACUGGGGAGAGGACCCCGGUGUUAGGCCGCCUCUUAAUUGUAUACACGGAAGACGCUGCUGUCCUGCACCGGCUUUGAGCAUAUUCAACCCGGUUGGCGUGUCUGGCCAUGGCAUGUGGAGCCACAUUAAAAAGGACUAUCGAUUUCGACCCCUUGUUGAGUCCGGCUGCCUCUCCCAAGAGGAGAAGAUGUGCCCCACUAUCCCCCUCAGGGCCUUCCCCUCAAAAAUACCUCCGCAUGGAGCCCUCGCCCUUUGGCGAGGUGUCAUCCCGACUCACUGCAGAACAAAUCCUUUUCAACAUAAAGCAAGAGUAUAAACGGAUGCAAAAGAGAAAACACUUGGAAAGCAGCUUUCAACAUACAGACCCCUGCUGUUCUACAGAAGGGCAGCCACAGACUUUCCUCCCUUCUGGGCCAACUUUACCUGGAUCAUCCACUUCCUCAACAUUACGAAAGGAACAGCCACUUUUUACUCUAAGACAGGUUGGAAUGAUAUGUGAACGUCUCCUUAAAGAACGAGAAGAUAAAAUUCGUGAAGAAUAUGAAGACAUUUUGACCACAAAACUUGCAGAACAAUAUGAUGCUUUUGUGAAAUUUACGCAUGAUCAGAUUAUGCGACGAUAUGGAGAACAGCCUGCUAGUUAUGUUUCAUGAAUUGUUCUUUGCCUUUCUUGGAUACCAUUACCCUUAAUUGCUGCAAGAAGUCCUAGUUAAGAACAGCAGCAAUGCCAUGAUCCCCCCUUCCCUGUAAACACAGGUUAUUUCAAGCUUUUGUCAGUGGCAACCACUCUUAUGCAGCAACUGGUUUUGGAGUGCCCCCUGAUGUCCGCACCACCUGGAUAUGGAUCUCUGCUACCUGUAUUAAUAUACCAGUGGCCCCAUUUGCUGUUUCAUUGAAAUUUGGCUUCUUUUGUUAUGUUUAAAUUUGAAUGGACUAAUGCUGGUGUUUUAAGAACAUGCCCUCGGCUAAGUGUGUAAAUAAGUCGCAUUAGAAUGGCAUCGAUGGAUUGAGGUUUUAAUAACUACACAGCAGAAUGGUAUUCACCAAUUUUGAUGUGGAGUAAUUUUCUGGGACUAUUUUAUUAUGGCAUAAGACUGUUUUUGAAUGGGGAGCAAAUAAUAAGGGCAUGUCUUUAUUAAAGGAACAUUGUGGGAAAGUUAAGAUUGAAUUUAUGACUUGUUUUUUGUUUAAAUUUUUUUUAUUUAUUCUUUCAGUCUUUAACAAAUGUUUAAAGCAUUUUUUUUUCCGUCUAACUGCCUUGUAGUACUGGAAUUUAGUUGUAAAUAAAAAAAAAAUUACCAAAAAAA